UGGUGAACUAAUCCAGUAAAAACAUAAACCUGCAGUGUUGCAAAAUGUAUGUCACAUGACUAUUUUAUCUCUCCGGGUACACAAAUGGGAUGAUGUCUAUGUGUGGUGACACUGCAUUGGACCAAUGGCAGUGUCUGUAAAGUGAAAGUAAAAUAAAGAAAGGUGGGAAAGAAAACACACAGGCGUAACAGGGGUCAUCUACAAAUACCACCGGACAAAUCUGAGUGCAGUUUGUGAAUCAUGGCUGAUCACAAUGGAUCUGGUUAUUAUGACUAUGAAUAUGAACCUGAUUAUGAAGACCAGAUCUGCAAUACAGAAGAUGUGCUGAAGGUCGGAUCCAUUCUCAUCCCCAUCUUUUUCACACUGGUGAUUGUGUUGAGUUGUAUCGGUAACAUUCUUGUUAUCAUACUACUGGUGCUUUACGAGAGCCUCAAAUCCCUCACCAACGUCCUCAUUCUCAACUUAGCUCUGUCAGAUCUGCUCUUCACUUUCGGACUUCCAUUCUGGGCGUCAUACUACAUCUGGGGUUGGACGUUUGGAGACGUCGGCUGCAAAGCUGUGAAGUUUGUGUUCUACGCUGGAUUUUAUAGCAGCGUGUUGUUCUUAACUCUAAUGACCGUUCAGCGUUACAUGGCAGUGGUUCAUCCUCUCUCGGACUGGGAGAGAUGCAGAGGAUUUUCAAUCGCUCCCAUCAUCAUCAUCUGGAUGCUGAGUGCAGGAGCGGCACUGCUAGGAACACUUCGAAGUAAAGUUAUAGAGGAAUCACCUACAAAUAUUUACUGUGAAUAUGACAGUAAUACAAUAAAACUUGCCAUCAUUUAUCUUCAAAAUGCUUUUUUCUUCAUAGCAUUUCUCAUCAUGGGCUUUUGCUAUACUAGAAUGCUUCAAACCAUAACCAAAGCACGAACAAAUAAGAGACACAAGACCGUUAGACUUAUACUUUGCAUUUCAUUGGUGUUUUUUAUCGGUUGGGCUCCAUACAACAUUGUCAUGUUCCUCAGAUCUUUGACGGAUCUUGGUUUUUCCCAGUUCACAGACUGUCACGUAAGCAUUAACCUUGAGUAUGCAUUUUUUGUUUGUAGACUGUUAGCUUUCUCACACUGUUGUCUGAACCCUGUGUUUUACGUGUUUGUUGGUGUGAAGUUCAGGAAUUGUUUCAAAUGAUUCUGCAAAGAAUUUGUAAAUUCGUACGAUCUCAUUCGUACAUUUUAUCAUGAUUUGACUUUGCCACGUAACAUUAGGGGCGGUGUAAAAAACAUAAUUUUACAGAUUUGUUUUACAGAUUUUUCACGUAGGCCCAUAAUGUCCAAAAAGCUGUAAUUUUAAGAAAGAUUUUUCAAGUUUUUUUGAAAUACAGUCAAAAACCGUGAAAUUACCGAAGAAGACUGCAAAUUUACAAGAAAACCGGGGGGGACCAAGAAAACUGUUAUUUUACGGAAUAUUUCUGGCGCCUCUGCUGUCAGAAAAGUUCUGUUUCGAAAAUAGCUGUAUUUUCUUUGGAUUAAGUAGAAAUAGUUAGAUGCUUUUACUAAUAAAUAGUGGCAGAUAACGUUACUAUUUGCACCUCAGUAUUGUUGUGCAUUAAACAUUAUGCAAUAAUAACAGAGUGUAAAUCAUUAUAUUUAUCAAUAUUAUUAAAAUGACGGCAACUUAUUGAGACAUUAAAGUCUGCGUGUAAACGACGACUUCACCGGUUUUCUCUCAGUUUUGUUUAUGUGCGCAUGUCUGACAGCACAAUAGUAAAAGUCCUAAACGGAAGUAACAGUAAAAUAACGCAUAAAAUUCCGCUCUUGAAUCAUGCAGUUGAUGUGGAAACGACAAAAUGAAAAACUAUUGUUGCAUUUGCAGCUACUGCGGACAUGAGAGAGAUAUAAAAACACAUCUUCUGACAGAUUUCCCGUGGCAUUUUUAAUUACUAGACGGACUAUCAAUGGAGACGUCACUGUACGCGAGAAACCUGGCGAGUCUCAAAUUUCCAUGAAAACGCGGUUUUCUGCAUAGCCGGUUUAACGAUAUGCAUGUAAACACGUGGAAACAGGUUUCUUUUAUAAGCUGAUUUUUAUCCGUUUAUUUUGUGCAUGUAAACGCACUCAUUGUUGCAAGACCAGAUCAACCUGAUAAAAAAACAAGUUUGUAAUAAAAAAACAUCAGAUGCUCAAAUGUUGUCAUUGUAAAUAUUCUCAGAAGUGCACGGCUACAUUAUAACAUGACAUUUUCAUGAUGUUUGCGUUUGAUAAUGACUUUCCGUUUUCAACAGAAACUUCCAUGUUUUUCUUUUUGGUGGAAAUAAUUUUACAGCAUUGAAAUGGAAUAUAUAUAAACACUCUAUAAAUGUAUGUCCACAUUAUUAACACAAAUAAACUCAAAUGACAAAAACACCAACAGUCUUCUUUAUCCAUAUACCUUAUUUAGCUUACCGGCCCCAAAAUGAUCUGUAUGUACAAACAGCA